AGUCGACGACGCGAUAACUAGUACAGAACAGGGACCGUACGGUACAGUUACAAGGAAUGAACAACGUAAGCUGGUGUCAGACGUCAUUCUUCCAAUCCUUUUAUGUGUCGUCGCAGAGUGUCUUUGAUUUGGGAACUCCAAGAAGAUUCAACAAACGUAGACACAAAUAGAAAAUAGAGAGUGUUGAAAAACCACCCUUCAUCAAGCAACCAUGAAAUUCUCCUCGCUCGCUAUUGCUGCCGUCGCCGUUGCCGCUUCCAGCGUCAACGCCUUCAGCGCCCCCAAGAUUGGCCGUGUUGCUCAGGUGUGUAAUCUAUUUGGAUCUGUGCGACGCAUAAGUGGAGGACGGGCUAAGGCAAGAACACAGAGAGGCGUGCGCUGGUCUACAUCGUUUUGAGGCCUGCAAUCUAGAUUAGUUACAAUCGGUUUUGAUAGUUCUCGCUACCCUAUAAUUUAUUGGAGAGUUAUUUCGGAGACGUUUUCUUACGUAAUUUUUUCUCAUCGGUGUUUUCUUCAACUAUCAAACAGCCAACCUUCUUGAAGGCCACUGCUGUCGAUGCUGACACAAAGACUUCCCUUCAGACCGCCGCCAAUGAAGCCCGUGGACUUGCCAUGGACUCUAUUGCCGCCGCUCACUCCGGACACAUGGGUCUUCCUCUUGGAGCCGCUGAAAUCGGAGCCAGCCUGUACGGAUCCCAGAUGCAAUACCACGCCGCUGACCCUCAAUGGRUCAACCGUGAUCGUUUCAUCCUUUCUGCUGGACACGGAUCUAUGUUCCUUUACUCCUGGUUGAACCUCGCCGGAUUUGACCUUCCCAUGGAAGAAGUCAAGAACUUCCGUCAACACCACUCCAUGACCCCUGGUCACCCUGAAUUCCCUAGUUCGGAACACAACACUCCCGGAAUUGAGUGCACCACCGGUCCUCUCGGACAAGGUGUUUCCAACGCCGUCGGUAUGGCCGCUUCCGAAAAGAUGGCUGCCGCUGUUUACAACACCGAUGACCACAAGAUCUUCGACCACCACAUCUACGCUCUUGCCGGAGAUGGUUGCUUCCAAGAGGGUGUCUCCUCCGAAGCCGCUGCUUUCGCCGCCCACGAAAAGCUCGAUAACCUCAUCGUCUUGUACGAUGCCAACGAAGUCACCCUUGACAAGAUGGCCGAAUACACUCAAUCCGAAGAUAUCUUGAAGAGAUACGAGGCAUACGGAUGGGAAACAUUCGACAUUGACGGACACGAUCUCGAUGCCGUUGAGGAAGCCAUCGCCGCCGCCAAGGCCAACAACAACGGAAAGCCCAAGUUCAUCAAGUGCAACACCAUCAUCGGAAAGGGUAUGGAAGAAACGGAGGGAACCAACGCCGCUCACGGAGAGGCUGGAGUCCCAUACGUUGACAACGCCAAGAAGAACAUUGGCCUCCCCGAUGGAGAGAAGUGGUACGUCUCCGAAGGAACUCGUGACUUCUUCGAUGAUGUCCAGAAGAAGAACAAGUCCACCUACGAUGAGUGGCAAUCUACCUACGCCGCAUGGAAGGAAGCCAACCCGGAUCUUGCCAAGCAAUUGGAAGACUCUGUGGCUGACAACACCAUGCCUGCCGAAGACAUGAUCAAGGAAAUUGAUGCCAUGGGCGAAGAUGCCGAGGCCACCCGUGUCUCUGGAAACAAGGUCAUCCAAGAGAUCUCCCGCCUUGUCCCUAACUACGUUUCUGGAUCUGCCGAUCUUCACGGAUCUACCCGUAACUACAUCAACGAAGGAGGUAACUUCGGAUCUGGUUUCGACAAGACUUACUCCGGAAAGAACUUGUACUUCGGAAUCCGUGAACACGCCAUGGGAUCCAUCAUGAAUGGAUUUGCCUUCCACGGACUUUUCAAGAUCUCUGGAUCCACUUUCUUGGUCUUCGUUGAUUACUUCCGACCAACUGUCCGUGUYGCCUCCCUCUCCGAGUUGGGAGCUGUCUCCUACAUCCUCACCCACGACUCUAUCGGAGUUGGUGAGGAUGGACCUACCCACCAGCCUGUUGAGACCGUCUCUGGACUCCGUGUUAUCCCCAACUUGGAUGUCUACCGUCCUGCUGACGCCGAAGAGACUGUUGCCGCCAUGGCCCACUCAGCAACUCGCAAGGAAGGACCUACCGCCCUUAUCUUCUCUCGUCAAAACAUUGACCAGAACAACGAURUGGACUACAUGGCCCGACGUGAAGGUGCCCUCAAGGGAGCCUACGUUGCCAAGAAGGAGACUGAGGACCUCGACCUCAUUAUCAUCGCCACCGGAUCUGAAGUCCAACAUGCCCUCAAGGCCGCUGCCGACCUUCCUGGAGCCCGUGUUGUCUCCAUGCCUUGCAUGGAAGUCUAUGAGCGUCAAUCUGCUGAAUACAAGGAAUCCGUUCUUCCUUCGUCGUGCACAAAGAGAAUUGCCAUGGAAGCUGGUGUCUCUGAUGUCUGGUACAAGUACGCCUCCAAGGUCGUUGGAGUCGACAAGUUCGGCUUCUCUGCCCCUGGUGACAUUGUCAUGAAGGAAUACGGUAUGACCCCCGAAAAUCUCUCCGCCGAGAUCGCAUCCAUGUAAACAACUAGGAAAAAUAAAAUAUAAAUCACACA